CAUUUGCAUAUUGUUUUAAAAAUUUAUAUACAAUAAUUUUCUUUUUAAUGCGAGACGUACUUGUACCUAAGAAAAAUUUUUUUUAUAAAAUUUUAUGAAAUUUCAUAAAGUUUAGGGAAAUUAUAUGAAUUCUGUAAUACGCGUAUUUAUUUUAUAUAAUAAAUUGAAGACUUAAUCUGAUAGAAAAUGUCGAAGCAAAAGUUAUAUUUAUUGUUAGUUGUGUCAGUGGCUUUAUUUGCUACUAAAACUUGGGCUCAGGAAUCUCCUGAAGAAGAACAAAAAAAAGAACCGAUGCCAGAAGAAGGAGGAGAAAGAAAGUGCACUCCCCGGUCCAACGAGUGCGAAGAUGACGACGAAUGUUGCGACGACCUAGUAUGUAAAGAUUUCUUCGUUGGAAAGUGGUGUGAGAAGGACAUUAAGGUUGACUAUGUACCGGAAAAAAUUGAACCCGGAGAACCUAUACCAAAAAAAUCUGACCCAGAAGAACCUGAACCUGAACCUGAAGCACCUGAACCUGAAGAUUAGAAAUCUGAAUCUGAUUGAUGCUAAUAAUUUGUUAUAAAAAAAAUUUCUAACAGAUGACUAAUGAAAAUUUUUAAAUGUUUCGGGUUUUUAAAAUUUUUGAUGUCGAUUUUUUUAUUUACAAAAUUCAUUGUAAAAAUUUGCUAAUAAAUAUUUUGAUUUCCUCA